AUGGCAGAGGACGGCCAGCAAGUCGGUGUCAGCUCCGCCUUCCCUGCUCCUCCCCCAUUCUAUAAGUCGUUCACAGCCGAGAACAUCUCUCAAUUGCAGGAUCACCUCGAGUCUACGGGCGCUGCUCCAUUGACAGCUUUCGAUCCUACCGAUCCUGAGAAGAAUAUAAUACCAGACAAUUCCUCAGUCCCCUCAGAGCUGCAAAACCUGAUCCCUCCAUCAAUACCAGCCAAUGGCGCAUAUCGGUCUUUUGGAACCGUGCACUCGACCAAGCCUCCCCCUCCAUCCGAACUUCCAGCUCCGCCAAGUCAAGCCCAACUACUCAAGACCAUUCAUCAAAUCCUGCUCAAGUUCCUGCAUAUAACUCACAUUCUCUCGAUUGACCCUUCGAUGAAAUUCUACGGCGCGGCGUGGGAUCAAUUGGAGACACUAUUCAGGGAAUUGCAUGAGGGAAUCAACGCGUGGAGGCCACAUCAGGCACGAGAAACAUUGAUACGAAUGAUGGAAGAUCAGAUCAAAAAAUUGGACGCGGAGAACCAGAUGGUCAGGGAUGCAGUUAACGAGGCGAACGCCGUGGUCGAAGGUAUUGGGCAUGCAAGUAAGGAUGCAAGAUCGCUCAAAGGAGGCGAAGUUGAGAGACAGCAAAAGGCGAACCAAGAGAGUGAGAAGAGGAAGAGAAAAGACAAAGUGCUCUGGGAGACCAUAGAAAGGGAGGUUGGCAAGAUUUGA